GAUACAAUUCUUCUAGCACCGGAAUUAUUACCGUCAAUACCUUCACAUAUUAAUAAAAUAAAAACUACAAGCACAACAAGCCCACAUUCAUCCACCAUGCCAUCUUUGCGCAUCACGAACAGUCAAAUACCAUCAAUAGAUAAUCAAAAUAUUACUAAGGAUUUACAUAAAGUGGAAAGCAAAUGUGACGAAGAAAAAAUUGUGGUAGAUUAUUGCUCUAUAUGUACGGAACAUAUAACUGUUUAUGCGAUUUCUCAAUGUAAUCAUAGGAUUUGUUACUUAUGUGCUUUGAGAUCUCGUGUUUUAUUUGAAAACAGUACUUGCCCUUAUUGUAGGGCACAACAAAACAGGAUAAUAUUUACACAUGAUUCAGAUACAUCGUUUUCAACAUUAUUAUCAUCAAAAGCAUGGUAUAUUAUUUCAGAUUUUCAAAUAUUAUGUGAGGAUGAAUCAAUUUAUCGAAUGGUCACAAAUACGAUAAGGCUUCGAUGUCCGUUAAAAUCAUGUCAAGUUGCAUGUGAUGGUUGGACUGAACUUUCUCAACACGUUCGUACUGCUCAUAAAUUAAUGUUUUGUGGUAAAUGUGUAGAGUACCGAAAAAUAUUUUCAUGGGAACAUCGAUUAUUUAACCGAGAGGAAUUAAAAAGGCAUUGCCGAAAUGGUGAUGGCAAAGAAUCCAAUUUUCGCGGGCAUCCUACAUGUAUAGAGUGCAAUGUAACGUUAUACGAUCUAAUCGAAUUCCGGGAACAUUAUUUAAUGCAUCAUAGUUCAAUUCCACUUACCUUAAAUUCGUCACGAUCGUCGCAAUCGUAUCAUCAUUCACAGACAUUAUCUGCAGCAAGGCUUUCGUCAGCAUCACGUGCAUCAUUGUCAUCGCCUAUAAACAGUGGGGACAAUGGGGAAAAUGAAAACGAUGGUCCAUUCAUAAUCAUUUGCGUUUUUUCACUCAUUUUAUCAUUACUCAGAAUGUUCACUCUUCCUAGUUCUUCAAACAAAUACUUUGCCACUACCUUGCAAAUGCUCGAUACUUAUAUUUCACCUCUAUUCACUUCAAUCUUUCAACUGGAUUUGGAUGAUAAUUCUCAACUUGAAUCUGCACUUCAUUCAAUUUUUAUUUCAAUUUAUUCUAUUGGAAUAAGAGUUGCGUUUGUAAUUUCAUAUUUAACGAUGGUAUUUUGGGUGUUGAAGAGUUGGAUAAUAAUGAUGAGUUGGAUUGUAUGUGGAAUGUUUAUUUUAUGGGUACUUAGGGUUUGCUGGAAUAAUUGGAAAAAUUGGGUAAAAUCAUUGAUAUGA